CAAAAAAAAAUUUAUUCUCAUAUUUUAAUUGUGUUUUCUAAAUAGUAAAGUGUCGUUUUAUAAAAUGACAGAGCCAGAUGACUUUGAUUUACAAUAUGCCGACGAGUUGGAGAUGAUCGAGGAAGUUGAUGAGGAUAAUCCAAAUGAUUCCAAUGUCAAUGUUUUUCCGAGCACUCCGGGAGUAUCUCGUAGCAUUAACAUGACUCCUUUUCAACCAGCUUCAAGCAUUGACAGUCCUCUGAUGUCUCAAAUAAACAAGAAUCUUGAAGAUUCGUCAUUUCGGGGAGGCAAGAGAUUCGCUUCAACGCCGUUUCCCGGCGGCGGAAGAUCAUCAGCAAGUAAUAGUCACGAAGGCAUGAGUCGUAAAAGACGUUUAGAUGAUAUUUUUGGAGAUAUCGGAGACAUUUGUGAGGAAGAAGAACCCCAAAUUACAAAUGAACCUUACAAGAAGGCAAAAAGUGAAGAGGAAAAAGACAUGGAAUUGAUCGAAAUGAUUGUAAAUGCACGUAAAAAGCUACAUUCUCAAAUGUUGAAACCUGGAAAGCGAUCAAAUAUCGAACAUUUGGAUGAUGUUCGUGCCUUUAAGAUGCAAAAUUUAUCGUAUACUGUUCCGAAAUGGCCAUUUAUUAAAUUACGACAAGCGGAUGAGGAUAAAAUUUACGUCAGAUGUCAUUCGGAAGAAUUUGAGAAGAAUCAAUUAAAGGAAAUUGCUUUUAAGCGACAAGAAGAUGGGUUUUUCGGCGAAGAUAAAUCGAAAAUUUGGAAUGAAGCAAGUGAAAUUAAUGCAAAACGAAUGUUAAGAACGACUCAAUCGCAGGAGGAUGAACAGCCUGUAGAAGUUUUUGAAACAGGAGACAUGCAUUUGUGGGUAGAACAAUACAAACCCCGAACAUAUAUUGAUUUGUUAUCCGACGAAUCGUGUAACAAAAAUUUGUUGAAAUGGAUCAAACUUUGGGACAAAGUUGUAUUUAAUCGAGAAGUUCCAUCAGUAGAUAAAAAACCAAAAGCUCAACAGAAAUUAAACACGUUCAACAAAAAAACUGGAAGAUUUGAACAGACAGGAGGAUGGAUAAAGAAAAAUCGUUGGAAUUUGAAUACAGAGUUAGAUGAAAAUGGGAGACCAAUGCAACGAAUUGCCUUACUUUGUGGACCGCCAGGUUUGGGAAAAACAACUCUUGCGUUAACAGUUGCCAAACAUGCCGGAUACAACGUCGUUGAAAUAAAUGCAUCAGAUGAUCGAACGCCGGAGACAUUUAGACUCGCUUUAGAAAGCAGCACACAAAUGAAAAGUGUAUUUAGUAAUGAUCGUCGCCCCAACUGUAUUGUGUUAGAUGAGAUUGAUGGCGCUCCAAGUUCGAGUAUAGAUUUUCUGUUGAGAUUUGCCGCUGGAAUUACAAAGAAAGGAAAAAAGAAGGAUCUCAAUAGACCAAUUAUAUGCAUUUGUAAUGAUCCGUACGUUGCUUCUUUGCGUUUGUUGCGCCAACAAGCUUUCGUUAUUAACGUGCCUCAAACCGAUAGUGCCAAAUUAGUCGAUCGCUUAUUGCAAAUUGCAAAAAUGCAAAAAAUUCGUGUUGACAUGUCAACGUUAUUUGCUCUUGCUGAGAAAACUGGAAACGAUAUACGAUCAUGUUUGUCUCUUUUGCAGUUUUUCAGUUGUACAAAGAAGGAAAUAACAUUAAUGGAUGUUAUUCGAUCGAACGUCGGACAAAAGGAUCAACAGAAAGAGCUCUAUAGCAUUUGGAGAGCAAUUUUUCAAAUUCAACGCCCAUCAAAGGCACAAAUAACACAACAAGAACAAUCACAAGGGGCUGCACUGACAACGUUAACGCCUGACUUGCGAUUGGAAUAUGUUGUCGACACUGUUUCGAAAAGUUUCGACUAUGAAAAGUUAAUGCAAGGCGUAUUCGAAAACUACUUAUAUCAAAAACAACCAGAUCCAAAUUUGAAAGGAUUAUCAGAGGCAGCGGAUUGGUUUUCAUAUGAUGAUUUACUUCAAACUGCUGUUCAUCACUCUCAAAACUAUUCUCUUUACGGUUAUUUGGCAUAUUCCUUUGCUGCUUGGCAUUUUUUGUUUGCUACCCUUGCAUGGCCAAAAAUCAACUUUCCAAAUAAAAGCUACGAGAUCUCUCAAAAGCUAUUAACAACAAAAAAUAUUCUAUCAGCUUUGAGAAAGAACUUGGAAGCAACAAAACGAGGUAUAGGCGAUACACAAAAAAUUAUGAAUGUUGAUUCUUUGCCAUUUGUUAAGCUGAUUUUGAAUCCCUGCUUGAGAUCCGUUUCAUUACAUUUGUUAACCCCGAAGGAAAAAACUGAUGUACAUGAUACUGUCGAGAUUAUGGCUGAUCUUGGAAUCUCGUUUAUUCAAUUGAAAACGGCAGAGGGCAACUAUAAGUAUCAAUUAGAACCUGAUAUAGAGUCACUUGCGAAAUUUUAUGAUACAUUAAUGCCCGGUUUGAGUUAUUGGGCAAAACAGCUUAUUGCACGAGAAGUUGAUAUUGAACGAAUGCGAAGAGUUCAAAUAAAAUCAAAAAGUCAAUUACAAAACGACAACUUUAAUUCAACUAAUAAGAAAGAUAAUAUUAAAUCAUCUAACGUUCCACAAAAUGAUGAAAAUCUUCCAAAUUUUUUGAGAACAUUGCAACCGAAAGCGAUAGCUAAACCCACAAAGGAAAAAGAAGUAACACGAAAAGACUUUUUUGGUCGAGUGACAACAGCAAAAUCUGGUAAAUUAGCAUCUGCAAGUCAUGAUAACGAUAACAUAGUAAAGGGAAAAAUUUGGUAUUGUUAUAAAGAGGGUUUCAACAAUGCGGUGAGAAAACCAAUCACUAUGUCAGAACUUAUUUAAUGUAUAAUACUUUUAAGAAGAUUUAUCGUUCAAUAAAAUCAUUGAAAAUUUUAUU